AUGGGGAUUGCUCACUGGGGGAUGAUACCCUGGGGAAAAUGGCACCUAGAACAAGAGAAACAUGAACUAAGGAGGCGAUUUGAGAACAGAGAAGGAGAAUGGGAAGGAAGGGUGUCUGAACUGGAAAGCGACGUGAAGCAGCUGCAGGAUGAGCUGGAGAGGCAGCAGGUUCACCUGCGUGAAGCCGACCGCGAGAAGACACGGGCCGUCCAGGAACUCUCCGAACAGAACCAAAGACUCCUGGACCAGCUCAGCAGGGCGUCGGAGGUGGAGCGGCAGCUCUCCCUGCAGGUCCACACCCUCCGGGAGGACUUUCGGGAGAAGAACUCCUCCAGCAGCCAACACAUCGUGCGGCUCGAGAGCCUCCAGGCCGAGCAGGUCCUUGAAAUCAAAAUGCUGACAGACAGAAAGCGGGAGCUGGAGCAUCGCCUUAGUGCCAUGAUGGAGGAGAACGACCUGCUCCAGGGAACCGUGGAGGAGCUGCAGGACCGAGUCCUGAUCCUGGAGAGACAAAGCCAUGACAAGGACCUGCAGCUGCACCAAAGUCAGCUGGAGCUCCAGGAAGUGCGGCUGUCCUACCGGCAGCUGCAGGGGAAGGUAGAAGAACUCAGUGAGGAGAGAAGUCUCCAAAAUUUCAACACAACCAGCACGUCCCUGCUAUCUGAGAUAGAGCAGAGCAUGGAGGCAGAGGAGUUGGAACAAGAACGAGAACAGCUGAGGCUGCAGCUCUGGGAAGCAUAUUGCCAAGUGCGAUAUCUCUGCUCCCAUCUCAGAGGAAACGACAGCGCAGACUCGGCAGUUUCUACAGACUCCUCCAUGGAUGAGUCUUCAGAAACCUCGUCAGCCAAAGAUGUCCCAGCCGGCAGCCUACGGGCAGCUCUCAGCGAGCUGAAAAGACUGAUACAAAAUGUGCUGGAUGGGGCAGACUCCACGAGCUCUCGACGAAGCGACGACGACACCUUAGAGGAACAGAUUAGGCGAACAAGUGAGGAUUCGCGAGCCCUGAGGGAAUUAAUGGAGGGAGAACGGGGGAAACUGAGGCAGAGUUUGGAGGAGCUGCAGCGACUGCACAGCCAGGUCACGCUGCUGAGUGUGGAAAUGACAACGCUGAAGGAGGAACGGGACCGGCUGCGAGGUGCUGCUGAAGACAAGGAGACAAGUGAUCGGCUCCUGCAGGCCAUUAGGGACCGAGAUGAGGCUAUUGCCAAGAAGAACGCGGUAGAGGUGGAGCUGGCCAAGUGCAAGAUCGACAUGAUAUCCCUCAGCAGCCAGCUGCUGGACGCCAUCCAGCAGAAGGUGAACCUCUCGCAGCAGCUGGAGGCCUGGCAGGAUGACAUGCACAGGGUCAUUGACCAGCAGCUGAUGGACAAACACCCGAAGGAAUGGAGCCAGCUUGCUUAUUCCUUCUCCAGUGGCUACGGCGCAAAGCGGAGUGCCAGACCCUCCCCCGUGUUCAGGCCGGAGCAGCAGGGGAACGAGCCCCUUGGGGCAGAAGGGAACCGUCUCUUUUCCUUUUUCAAGAAAAAUUAA